ACUUUACGCACUUUCUAUGACGUAGCUUUUCCGCGCCAAUGUUUUGGACAUCACGAAUGACAACUGCGAAUACAAUAAAUUCUCCUCCUGAAUAAGUAGCUAUCUUACGCAUGUAACUACUAACUUCGAGCCCCACUUAGCGUCGAGGUAAGAAGUCAUAGUUCCAGGAGACUGUGGUGAACAUCAUGUCUCACUCCCAGCAGCAGUCUGCCACUGGGCCCAUCCCCACGGCUCCAGACUCCCCGGCAAUGGGCGUGACGGUCAGUGGCAACGUCACCAAGUACGCCAUGAAGAAGAAAAAAAUCCUCAACGCAGAGGAAAGUGAGCUUUUUGAGCUGACUCAGGCCGCAGGCAUUGCCAUGGACCAAGAGGUCUUCAAGAUCAUUGUAGACCUUUUGAAGAUGAACGUGGCUCCGCUGGCUGUGUUCCAGACCCUGAAGGCCAUGUGUGCUGGCCAGAGGAUAGUUGACACCUCCAUGGGAGACACAGCCUCCUUCCCCAACACCACUACCACCACAGCCUCUGCCGCCCCAACAGAACCCAGAGAAGAGGAGUCUGUUGUGCCUGGCACUAAGAGCUCUAAGCCCACUGCACCUCCUCCCACCUCCUCCUCUACCUCCUCCACUGCUGGCCCCAGGCCCACCAGGAUCAACCCUAAGAUGGCCUACGACUCCUCUCCUCACUCUCAAGUGCGUAGCAAAGCAAGCGCAGGCCAUGGAGAGAAGAGCAGAGAGGGUUCCAGCCAGAGGGUGCCACGCCAGCCCAGCGCCACCAGGGGGCAGAAGACCACCAAGAGCUCAGGAAGCAGCAGCUCUUCCUCUCAGAUUACCCCAACUGCCACCACCUAGAGCCCACAGGACCUCAUCUCCAUGGAUGGCUAAUUAAUCUCCUCUGAUCUCAAUGAAUAAAGGGGAAUGUGUGUCAGAGUGCUGUGGUGGUGGUGGAAGUAAUUCCCCAACUAGUCUGUGUUUGGCUUUCAUCUGUCUUGUGGUUCCACAUCCAUGUAGAUGAGGGCCUCCUUUCAACCACCCUUUUAAGAUGGAUGAUGAUUCAGAAUUAUGGCUCUAUGAAUCCGUGUUAGAGAAGCAUGUUGUCCUGAACGUUAUCGACCUGGAUUUUGCCUACCAGAUAGAAGGAAAUGCUUUGAAGAAUAACUUGAUUUGAAUUGGGGGCUUCUGAACAGUUCUGUUCAUUCUGUUUCGGUGUAUUUACACAUAACCCAUAGGUGACUUUCAGGUAGAUUACAUUAGCGAAACUGAUCUAUUGCUGGACCUGACAAACGGCUGGGGGUAGUGCUGUUAUAGCUGGUUAUUGUUUUGUAAAUGUCUCUAUUCCAUGAACAAAACAGAAGAGCACUGGUGCUCUCCAUUACUGCGUUUCUGGAACAUUUUCCGACCAUCUUGUCAAAAUAAAACAACUCUUUGGAUUUCUAUAAAAACUGUGUGUGGAUUAUUUUAUUAUUCCCCUUUU